AUGGCCAAAUCCACCUCUAGAGGAAGACGUGCCGAGAAAAAGGCAACAAAGGAAGAGAGUGAAGUCUCUUCUUACCAAGAAUCAAUUUCUGAAUCUGCCGAAACAAACGAAACAGAACAGACUCAAGAGCCAAAAACUCCAUUCUUUGGUUUAGUUGAUGCCAAUGAGCUCGACUACUUCAAGCAAACCGAGUCCACUCUUAAUAUUAAUGCAUUUGAAACCCCAGAAGAAAGAGAAGGCUUCAUCAGGUCCGUUUUGGAGGAAGCGAAGGGUAAGGAGUUAAAGUUGGUCACCAACCAAAUCUGUUCCAAAUUGAUGGAGAGAUUGGUUUUAUUUUCAAGUGACAGACAGCUCAAGAAUAUCUUCCACCUGUUCUUGAAUCACUUCAAUUCAUUAUCAUACCAUAAAUAUGCAUCCCACGUUUUAGAAACAUUAUUAGUGCGUUCUGCCAGAUUAAUCGAGAAAGAAUUAGUUGGGGAACAAAUUGAAGCAGAAGAAGACGAUGAAUCUGAAGACAUCCAAAUAACCAUGGAAGCCCUUUUCAUCAAAAUGCUCAACGAAAUCAAGCCAUCUCUCAAGACAAUGAUUAACCACCAAUAUGCUUCUCACGUCUUGAGAAUCAUCCUUUUGAUUAUCGCAGGUAGAGAAUUACCAUCUACCACUAUAUCUAAUUCUACCUUGAGAUCAAAGAAGUCCAAAAUUGCUAGAAAGAUGAUUGAGAUUAAAGACAACGAUGAUUUCAAUAAAUCAUAUCAAAUCCCAAGCUCGUUCAAGGAUGAGUUGAGAGACAUCUGUCAAAUAAUCGCGAGAGGACAAGAUAUAAGAUCCAUGAGACAAUUAUCUAUUGACAAGAUUGCUUCUCCAGUUGUGCAAUUAUUAUUACAAGUAGAAGGCCUUAUAGAUAAGGAGAGAAAUAUCUGGCAUUUGAUCUUCUUAAAGAAUUCCGAAGACAAGGAUGAUAAAGAAGGUGCUUUUAUCGAGCAUCUCUUAUCCGAUCCUGUGGGUUCGCAUUUCUUGGAAGCAAUUAUCAAGAACCAAGGUGUCAGAGGACAAUAUAUCGAAAGGCUCUACACCUUAUACAUGAAGGAUAGAGUAUUGAAAUUGUGCAAGAGAUCUACUACCGGAGUUUAUAUCAUUCAAGCAUUGCUUUUCAAAUUAAAGCCUAGAGAAGUCGAGCACAUUUUAGAUGAAGUCAUCCCUGAAUUAUCCAACUUGAUUAACAUUUCCGAAAACCAAAACUUGGACCUUGGUCAAAGAAUAAUUGACGGUUCCAUUUCGAGAGGAAACUACAGAAGAGAUGAAUUGAUUGAGCAGUUGUUCAAAAAGUUUGCUCCUAACUAUAAUCCCAUCAGACCAUCUAAUGAUACUUCCACCGAGUUCUUGGAAAAUGUAUUGCAAUUAACUGGAUCUACUUUGGGUAACAAGAGAGACGACUGGCCUACUGCAGAAGAAAGGAGAAGAUCCUUAUUCUUGGAGAAGUUGAUGGAGUAUGAUGGAAAAUUCANAAUCUGUGUCUGGUUGAAUUUCAUGGCCCUUCCUGUGGAGAGAUUAGUACAAAUGUGCUUGCAUGGAGUUUUCAGUCAUGUUGUUGAACAUUCAUUGGAAUUAGUACUCCAAGAAGACGGGCAGGAAUCCAAAGCGAAUCUAAUUUUAAGGAAGAGAUUGCUUAAUCAGUUUCAAAACGAAAUUGUUGGUUUGGCUUGUAACUCGUAUGGAUCUCACAUUGUUGACAAGCUUUGGAACUUUACUGUUUUCUUGCCAAUGUACAAGGAUAGAAUUGGUAGCGAGUUAUUCAAGGAAUCCCACAAGGUUAAGGAAAGUACAUAUGGUAGAUUGGUUUGGAAGAACUGGUCAAUGGAACUCUUUUCUCGUAAGAAGUUUGAUUGGAAGGCAUUAGUUAAGCAGCAAGAAAAGGAGUUUUUUGGUGAAAAUGAUGAAGCAGAGACCACCACCAGAACCAAGAAACCAAUCGAAUUGAAGAUGGAAAGAUUGCUCGAAGAAAAGAAGUUGAAGGAAGAAAGAGCCCAAAAGGCAGAACAAGGUUACUUGAAGAGAAAGUUAGAAGAAGAUUUAGGAGAAUCACAUGAAAAGAAGACCAAAUUAAGAGGAAGAAGAAGAGAAGUGAAUUGA